UAACCCCGCAAUCCGCGUCCAUCCGCGAUCUUACGGCGCGGACCUCUCCCACAUCACAGGAGAGCCCAUCGUCGUGGCGGCGUCCUGUCAGUGUCCACCAUGCCUGGUCUCGCGCUCUCCGCCGCCGCCGCCGCCAGGUCCCUCUAGCGACGACGACGGUUUUGGUGGUCCGACCUCGGCGGGGUCGGGGACGGCGCUGAGAGGCGCCCUUCGGAUGGAGAGCGGAGGCGAUCUGGACGGCCGGGGCCAGCACAAGGCGGUCGCGCGGUGGCGGUUCCAGCGCGGCUUCGUGGCGGGGCAGCUCGAGGGGGGUGAUCGGUUCGGUGCGAGGCGGCGUGGUUCAGGGACUCCUGAGAGUAACGGCGGGGGUAUUGCGGAGGGGAUCGGGAUCCCGGGGUCGGAGAGCGACGGAGGCGGUGGAGACGGCGGAUUGGAGAGGGGCAGCAGUGUGACGGGUUGCCGCAAGGGGCAGAAGGUAGUGGUGCCAUGGAGAUUCCAGGUUGGGUUCAAGCGGUCGUGGUCACAUGGUUCUGGCCUGGGUGAUGGAUCUGGAUCUCAUGCACCUCCAGAAAUUACAGAAUCCAAGUUCAGGGUUAGUGGGAAGCAAUGUGCAUCUGCAGCAGGGCGUAAUGACUCUCGUGAAAAAGUUUCUGUCACCAGUGACCAUUCCUCGGUGAAAGUUGGAAAACAGACAGGUUCUGUAUCGAAGAAGAUGAAGGUUAACAGAUAUUGUCAUUGCCAAGUAAUACCAAAGAAUAAGAGGGUAUCUACUACCAGAGAAAAUAUCUUGGUGUCUUUGCAGGAGUUUCGGAUAAUUUACAGGAAACUCUUGCAGGAAGAACAAGCCAAGUGGAGAGAAAGGGGGAAAGGUCUGAGGCCUGAUCUUGCAGCUUUCAAAAUGUUCAGAGAGAGGCUAUGUGUUGUAGAUGAUGACAGGAGAUAUGUGGGAAACGUGCCUGGAGUUCAGAUAGGCGACACAUUCAACUCUAGUUUAGAGACUUUCGUUGUUGGCCUCCACCGCCAACAGCUGAAUUGUGUUGAUUACAUCAAGAAGGAUGGGACAUGUGUAGCUGUUAGUAUUGUGUCAUACGCACAAGCUUCUGCAUCUAAUAAUAAUCUGGAGACCUUGUUACAUGUUGGAUCAAUUGUUAUCACAGGUGACCAGAAGAUAGAAGGCACUGACUUAGCAAUGAAGCAUAGUAUGGACACUAAUACCCCUAUACGUGUUAUUCAUGUUGUAACUUGUGAAGGUGAAAACGGUCAACAGAAAGGAAUUACUAAUUAUGUCUACGGUGGUUUAUAUUUCAUCGAGAAAUUCCGAAUGGAGAAAGUGAAGGAACACCAGCAUAUUCCUACUUACCAGCUAAGAAGAAUGGCAGAACAGGCACACGUUGACAUUCUAGAAUUUGGGAAAACAAGAAAGCGACAAGAACCAUUUGAUGGUGUUUUCAUGAGAGACAUAUCUGAGGGUCUCGAGAAGAUCCCUGUUUCUACUAUUAACUCCGUAUCGAACGAGUACCCUAUGCCAUUCCGCUACAUUUCAAAUAUAGAGUACCCCACAAAGCAUCAGCAAGGUCUUCCAUCAGGCUGUGAUUGUGUUAAUGGAUGUUCGUAUUCUCAAAACUGUGCAUGUGUGGUGAAAAAUGGAGGUGAAAUCCCUUUCAGUCAUAAAGGUACUAUUAUAGAUGAAAAACCUCUUAUCUACGAGUGUGGACCUUCUUGUGGUUGCCCUCCUACUUGCCACAAUAGAGUUAGCCAGCAUGGUAUCAAGUUUCGGCUUCAAGUUUUCAAAACUAAAUCAACAGGGUGGGGAGUAAGAAGUCUGGAUUUUAUACCAUCAGGAAGUUUUCUAUGUGAGUAUAUAGGAGAGCUUUUGGAGGAGGAAGAGGCGCAGGAAAGAAAAAAUGAUGAAUAUCUCUUUGGGAUUGGAAAUGAUUAUUAUAAUGAUCGUUGGCAGGGCAUAUCAAAGACAAUUCCUUCUCUUCGGAAUGGUCCUGUUGAAGACGAAGAUGGUUUUGCCAUUGAUGCUUUGAACUGGGGUAACCUUGCAAGAUUUAUCAACCAUAGCUGCACCCCCAACCUUUUUGCACAGAAUGUUCUCUAUGACCAUGACAACAUUAGUAUGCCUCAUAUAAUGCUCUUUGCAGGCGAGGACAUUCCUCCCCUUCAAGAGCUAUCAUAUGAUUACAACUAUGGUAUAGAUGAGGUUUAUGAUUCUGAUGGUAACAUCAAGAAGAAAAAAUGCUUUUGCGGAUCUAUUGAGUGCACUGGCUGGUUAUAUUAGAUGUGUAUGGAUUCUUUUGGCAUAAUGAAACCUCCUCUGUUUAGGUGGCAUUUUUAUCCACCUUUUUUGGCCUCCUAACUUUGAAAUAUUUGGAUUGCCGAUGUGCCCUUGCACUUAAAUAUGUGGAUAACCAGAUAACAGUCGUUUUUUCAGGAAGUUGCAAUUCCGUCAUGAAGAGCGCAAAAGCAAGUAAGCAAUACAUAUUACCAAUUUUUACCAUGUCGACCAC